AUGGACACGCAGAAGCCCGUGGCCACUCAGUAUAGUAUGUUGGGUACCAAGAUGAGGUUUACGAAGCAUCGGCUGCUCUUGGUAGGAGUCUGCUUGAGCGCCUGGACCGCCCACUUCCAGGAGCGACUCGUGGCAAAAUAUCUACCUGCAUCGCAACUCAACAUUGAAGGGCGUGGUCAAGGCUUCAUCCUCGUUGAGGAGACAAGCGGCUCUAGCAAAUUUGAAGCAGCGUUGCUUAUACGUUCACAUCGGAUCAGGUGUCGCUACUAUGCUGCUUUCCGCUCUACAUCGAAGCUUCCAGACCAAGAAGCAGAAAUCUACAACCUCCCUGACCGUGGCACUUCUUCCGCGUACCACUACGCAGAAGCAUCAGGCUGUAUCAAUGUGAAGCGUGAGUCCGACGAAGACCAACCUCGCAUCAACAAUGAGCCUGGAACCAGACCCAGCGCGUUACGGUCACCACCUUUGUUCUUCCCGCCGCCCAAGAAUCCAUUGUUUAAGAAAAGCACGCCCAGCCAACAUACCCACGAAAAAGGCGCAAGUGCUGCGGUGCCAGCGCUUCCACAGCGGCGGGAAACUCGCUUACCAAGCUUCGCGCAGCUGUUCGACUCAUCCAGCAACGACGUUGACAAGGCUAUCGCUGAAAGCUCGUCAGCGCAACAUCACAACCCACAAAACGUCAAUGUCGUGAAUCGUCGGGCGCACGCCGCUAUUCAGCACCCGGUCGUCACAGGCCCGCCAGAGUCCUCAAGUCCUCGUCCUAACGCAACGAAGCGCAAGGCCAGCUUAGCAGACACUAUGCACUGUCCACCGCACAAGGUUGCUUGUAUUGGUCUCGACAGCGCUUCGGUGGACUCAGCAUCCAUCGAAGAACUCAACACUGCUUUUGCGCGACCGAUCUUUCUGCAAGGCUCGUCCCACCUCAUCACCGACAGACCCGGAAGGUGGCCCUCAACACUCGCCCCAACAACGCCGGGCGAGACUGUUUCUGUGGAAACUACUAGCGCGAAUCCCAUCAUCGGCUCGAUAAGUCCCUCCGCUUCUUCACCACCGCACAACCAGACUGCUGCCGCAGAUGCCCGCAAGAGCAGCGGUGGUAGUGUGGCAGUCCCUGCAUCCGUACCCAAGCAGACCGAGAUGCGGACAGAAGUCAUCAAGAUCAACUUCCUCGACGCAGACGGAGCUACCGUUCGCAAUUCAACUUGGAGUCAGUGCGGAGACCCGGAGAUGUUUUGGAACAAUGCCUUGACCGCCUAUCCCCUCCUGACCAGAGAGGAUCUCGAGCGGUCAGUGCUCAACAUUGCUGUCAAGCGGGGCCUCAUGUGGUUUGCGGAUUUUCGCAUCAUGAAACCUGUUCACGAGGACUUCGAUAGAUUGUCGACGGAAGUCGAGAAGCACUACUGGAGGAUGAUGCGCAUCGCAGGCGAGAUUCUCAGUAUGCACAGACACCAGGGACUCACCGUGAAUGUUAGCUUGGUUUGA